CCGACUCCCCUUCUCCUCUUUUUGAACCCACCCACCUCCUUCCGCCAUGUCUCGGCGCCGUAUGUCGAUGACCUCCUCGAUGCCUCCUCCUCCGGACAGAGACGUCGUCAUGGGCCCUCCCCCGCUGCCGCUGCCCCAGUCAGCUCAUCAGCAGCCCCAGUCAACACCACGAGGCUAUGCGGCCGACGCGGAGACAAACGAGAAGUACAGUAGGUUGAAAAGGAGGUUUUUCGAGCUCGAGAAUAAAUACAAGGAUACUCUGACGGAGCUUCAACGCUCGGGGGAGCGGAACCUCAAGCACUCCGAAGAGCGAGACUGCCUGCUCGAUCGAAUUAUUGAACUCGAACAUCAGGUCGGCGAGCUGGGAGGACAGUCGGCGCCUAACAGUAGCCCCGGGGGCGUUCGAAUGUCGAGUGCCUAUCCUCGUUCUCUUCUCUCCUCGCGUGCCCGUGCCACUUUUCACAACAACCUUCAGCAGGCGCAUGUCGAGGAAGAGACCGAUGACCACUCGGCCGAUCCUCUGCUAUCCUCGCGGCAUCUUGGUCCUACUGCACAGAAGCGAGUACAGGAAGAGGAACGCGACCGCGCCGAGGAUGAAGCACGAGAGCGGCGCGCGACCAAACGGACGCGCACUACAGCUAAGGGAAAAGAACUUCCCGUGCCAGCACAUCAACCUACGCCUGCACCUCCUAUGAUGGUCUUUGAAACUUCUAACUCUCCACCGGUCCAUGAACCUCCAGUUCAGUCAGCCGUGAUUGUUCGUGACAAGCAGGGUACACGUCUGCGCAUCAAGCCUCCCGUCAGACCUCCUUCGGAUCCUGAACAAGGCACACCCUCCGCACCUAAAGAAUCUCAGUCUCCCCCCAAUUCUUCGCCCAUGUCUCCGCCGGAACAAGUCCCUGUCACGGAACCAAACAACACAAACGGUUUGGUUCGACACGAAAGCUCGGGCCCUGCUAGUCCACCGUCUCUGGUUUCUUCUCCUCCAAUCGUGCAACAGCCUCCGUCUCCAUCGCUGGCGACGCGUACAUUUGAAGUGCAGCGCCGAGGAAAGCCCAAGCGCCUGAAGGCGCAUACAGUCACAUCGAAGACUCACAGCAUCCCCACCAUCCCCCGUGACAAGAAUAAGCGCCCCCUCCUUCCUCUGAAUGUUGGUAUUAUUACUGUUAUCUCCUUGGGUGAGAUAUGUAAACGGGAGCAUUUCCACACGGAACGUUAUAUAUUCCCUGUAGGAUAUGAGAUCACCAGGAGAUACUUAUCGACGACAGACCCCAACUCAGAUGUUGUGUAUACUUGUUCAAUCCUUGAUGGUGGCGAUGGGCCGAAGUUCAAGAUUAUCGGUGCUGAUCUCCCUGAUCGCCCAGUGAUCGCAGGGACCGCGACGGGAGCAUGGUCGAGUAUAGUCAAGCAGGCCAAUGCUAUCCGGAAUCGUCAGCACUCCAAUUCUGUCUCAGGACCGGACUUCUUCGGACUGGGACAAAACACUAUCAAACAUCUCAUUCAAGAAUUGCAAGGCGCGGAUCAGUUGAAGGACUACGUUUGGCAGAACUUUAUCGAGGGCGGGUGAGUUUCACAUUUCGUUCAGGCUGCAGGAGUCUUCUGUGCCCCAUUGGAGUGUGCCAAACGCCGACAAUGAAUAAGAGCUACAAAUUGGUCACUUCUUGCAUGUACUCUCAUGCACCCUCUCCUUCAAAUUCCCUUAUAUCGGAAUACGAUGAAAUAUGACAUAGACCCCUAGGUGGUAGACACGCCGCUGUAAUACCGGCCCUGCCAGAAGAUUGCGACCCCACUACAUCGACGCGUGAAGGCUUCAUAGAUGAAGCGGCGCCUAAUCCCACGCAUACUGCCUCAACGCAGGUUUCUGGCUCGAGCGUAAUGGCCACCGGCGGGGAAUCGCUUGAUAUCCAUGAAUAUCAGGGACCUCCCACGACGGAUCCCAACACACGUGGAACCUCCCAUUCGGCAUCUCCCCCGCAAUACACCCCGUCUCCAGCUUCCCCGGACGAGGGCACUACUUCCUCCCCAAUGAGGUUCGCCAAUAUCAUGAGUCCAUAUCAGCCGCCUUCGAUGUCGAUGCCGGGCGGCAAUCAAUGAUAUGGAGCGCCUGUACCAUCUCUUGUUGUCCCUGCAAUUAUUCUGCUCUGCUCUGUCUGUGUUUUCAGCUGUGGAUUUGUUUUUGGCUCAGUAUUGUGUUCAUCUCCGGUAUCUCGCUUCUUGACACACGCUCGUUUGACCAUCUUUAAUUUACAGUACAUUAUUCACUAGUUUCAUCUUGCUUCCCGAUCGUAGGGCUGCGCUUUCCUUAUGGUCAAUACAAGCCUCGUGUGCACUGCACGUUUUCGACGCUCACUCCGAUGAGCGCCCAACUCGCUCCGUCAGAUCGGUGACAGCCGCACCGCAGCCCUCAUUGCCCCCUGGAGAGCCUGCCCCUGCGCAGUCCCAGCUCUCCAGGAUCAGGCGACCGUAUCGCGAAAGCGCAGUGACCGACAUCGGCCGCCGUGUUUCGCCGGUGCAGGGCAAGAGAGAA